AUGAUUCUCUUUCUACAUCUUCAGUUACCAACCAAAAUACUACUGCUUUCCACAAUAUUUAUAUCACAUACCUUAUGGUUGGUUGAUGGAUAUGUUAUUCUCGGUAAGUUAGUUUCACUUUUAUAUUUUUUUUUAAUUUCAAAACUUUUUGGGAAUUUUGAUUUUAUUGUAGAGUUUAAAAAAUCUUUACAUUCUUGCCACUUUUGGAAACAUUACCAUAAACUCCUUAUUAAGCGCCUUAAAAGUACAAACAAAAAUUUUAAAGCCCAUGCCGACUAAUAAAAGCUGUUAAAAUCGGAUUUUGGGGUCGGGAUUUGUCCUCAAUAUUGCGCAUCGUUUGAUGAUGACGCAAUUGUGCGACAAAACUGUCAAAAACCUAAUGACCCGAACACUUGGGUAAACAGUUUUUGUAAACAAAAAAAAAGAAAAAAAAUUUUAAAACGCAAAAAAAUAAUUUUUUUCUUAUUUGUAUGAGUAAAUUUUUGAAAAGUUCUAGUCUUAGGCCAUAGCUCAAACCCUGUGCCCUCAGAAACCCAGCCCAGAGCCGUAGUCCAGAGCCCUAGCCCAGAGCCCUAGCCCAGAGCCCUAGCCCAGAGCCCUAGCCCAGAGCCCUCGCCCAGAGCCCUCGUCCAGAGCCCUAUCCGAGAGCCCUAGCUCAGAGCUUUAGCUAUACGUAGGGAAAGAUCCGGUCUAGGCUUGAGCUAAAUAAAAAACAGACUAGGCCUAAAAUUCAGUCCAGAUUGAAUAAAAUAAAACACGGGUUUAAAGUUUAGGACUGGCACGAUCUUUAUGUCUUGCAUUAGGUCUAGUCCUAGCAAUUACUACAUGAAAUAUAGGGUUAUAUAAACGCAAUAGAGGACAAUUAAGUUCAUUUUAUUGUCUUUAAAGCCUAGAAUUACGCAAGACGUUUUAGCCAUAAACAAAAAAUGGCAAUAAUUAACAGAUUUUAGGAAAAAAUUGAAAAUUUUAGAAAUUAUUAAAGGUUUAAAUGUAAAAUACGUCUUUAUAUUUUACCGCUUUAAAGAACUUUUUCAAUAAUUUUUCAAAAUUUCAUUUUAAUUUUUUCAUAUCUCAUUUCCAGACCAAUCCAAAUGUCCGCUAGGCUGGCGAGCAGCAGCCGACCAAUGUGUUCGUCUAGAACUGGCAGCACACACUCAUGAUGGUGCAAUGGAAGAAUGUGCCAUCCAAGGUGCUGAACUGGUCAAUAUUGUCAAAAGUUCUCAAAUCGACCAGACUUUGUUGGUCGAUUUGAAUGAUAUUGUUCAUGAAGCGGAGCAAAAUGGAUUAGCCGAGAAAGUGUGGCUAGUUGGUGGAUUACAAGAUGCGUUGGCUGAUCCACAGCUGGCUUAUGAUCUGUGGUUGACUACUAAUAGGAUCAUGGAGAAGAGAAGUGUUGAACGAAAAGUCUUGGCAUUGGAGAGGAGGGUUGGUAAUGAUGAACUUGAAAUGUAAGUUGGGUAGGGUAGGGUAGGAUAGGGUAAAAAAUUAAAUUUUUUAUUAUUUUAGAACUUCAGUACCAGCGGAUGGAAGACAUUUUUACAUUUGUGGUUUACUUCCAUUAACGAGGAGAAGACUGUUAUACGAAGAAACUUUUCUUCCAAAAGGUAUUUUGUAAACUUUUUGUAUUUCGUAUUGCCCAAAGUGUCUAAAAUUUUCUAUUUUUUAAUUUUACAGUACUCAAUUAUGUGUUUUACCAUAGUAUUAAAUGCCAAAAAGUUUUUCGUUUUUUGCCGUUCAGGUCAAUGUAAAUUGACGAUAAGACUUUUUAAAACACAAAAAAUUUUUAAAAAAAUUUAAAGUUUUAAGAUAUUAAAGCCGUGCCAAUUAAAAAAAUGUAAAAUUCAGGUGUCCCAACCUUCCUAGAAGAACCAAGUGCCUCGUACUCAUACAUAAAUCGACCAGAUGGGCACUUCAUCACAAUUCCAUGCAGAGCCGAAGGUAUUCCUCAGCCAACAAUAAAGUGGUUUCAAAGUGGAGUUGAACAGGUUAAUUUGGACACAAAUAACUCUUCUUUUGUCAUUAGUGGAGGAUCUUUGCUGAUUCCGGUCGGGAAGACUAUCGACAAUGAUGUAAUGACUUUUCAUUGUACUGCCACUAAUGAGCUUGGUAAGAGUUUGAUGUUGUGGCUGAAAGUAGACUUCUUUGUGUGAUUUUUGAGUAGAGGGAAGGGUAUUCUAGAUUAGACUUAGGCUUAGCUAUAUUUUAGAUUAGACUUAGCCUUAGCUAUGAUAACAUUAGGGAGGUGGGAUAUUCUUCAUAUACAAAACGGCAAUAACUUAUGAAUUAUAAACUUUCAGGCACAAUAAGAAGUUCAUCCACGAUAAUUCGCCCAGCUUUUAUUGAACCCUUUAGUCACAACAGACUUGAUGCAUAUCCAUUGUCAGCUCGAGGAGCUGGAUCAAAGCUAGAGUGUCAGGCCCCACCACAUCAUCCAAGUAAGUUACAGUUUUUAUAA